UUCUGUCCCACUCGAGGACACCAACAAAACAAUGCACAUUUGUAUAACGCUUUUAGCAUUGUAAAACGUAAAAGAUGCUUUGCAGGAGCAGCAUCAAACAAAAUUAUUCAUUUCCUUCUUUUGAAAGGAUAAAAUUCACUUUUGCAAUUGUCACAACCAUCCUUGAUGACUUCAGCUUCUCUCUGCCAAAUCGUGGGAAUCUUUGUGCCGUGUGUCAAUAACUGCUGGACACUUUUCCAGACUCACUCGUCUUAAAGGCUGUUAAUAGGGAGAGACUUGUGUCUAAUGAGCUUGGUUUGGAUAUGGACCCAAGUAGCAAAGGUAGAGAAGAUUGUCGAUAAAAGGAAAAAUAAAAAGGGGAAAUGGGAGUACCUUAUACGAUGGAAAGGUUAUGGAAGUAAUGAAGACACUUGGGAACCAGAACAUCACCUCCUUCAUUGUGAAGAAUUUAUUGAUGAGUUCAAUGGACUCAAUGCUUCCAAAGAAAAGCGAACUAAAUCAGGGAAACGGGGAAAUAGUCCAAGGCAGGUCUUAAGGGACAAUCAUGGAACUUCUCCACCAAGAGCCUAUGAACCCACUAAGGGAAAAGGGGGAGGAUUACGAAGAAAGCGGACUAAUAAUGCACAUCAAAGGCAAAAACGGGGUACAAUAGGCAGAGAUGGAAAGCACACGCCUGGAGACCCCAAGAAAAUCAUUGCUACUAAAACGGUGCAUUACAGAACAACUGCGAGUGGAGUACAGAUUAUGCCUUACAGAAAGACUGAUAACUCAUUUCAGAAUGGUGAUGCUAGACACAGCAAAAAUGCAUUACAGUUUGACAAUACCUCAAGGCAACAGAGAAUGAAUGUGGAUAUAGGAGAGCAGGACUUUGCAGAGGAUGGAGCAAUUGCUGAUUCUCCUCUAGUAAAUGGAAUAGGGAUUUCCAAUGGGCAAGCCAACUUGCCGUGUUCUGUGAAGAGGAAGCUUGUGGAGGAGAAAGAAGACUAUGUAUUUGACAAACGGCUCAGAUGCAGCGUUCGACAAAAUGAAAGCAACUAUCGAUUCAGGGACAUUGUUGUUAGGAAGCAAGAUGGUUUUACGCAUAUAUUACUCUCUAGUCAAACAUCAGACAACAAUUCAUUAACGCCUGAGAUUAUGAAGGAGGUGCGGAGAGCACUUGGUAAUGCUUCAGCCGAUGACAGCAAGCUUCUGCUGCUUAGUGCCGUAGGGAGCGUGUUCUGCAGCGGCCUAGACUAUUCCUACCUAAUUGGCAGGUUGUCCAGUGACAGAAGGAAAGAGAGUGCUCGGAUUGCAGAAUCAAUAAGGGACUUUGUGAACGCCUUCAUUCAGUUUAAGAAACCCAUUGUCGUUGCAGUCAAUGGACCAGCUCUGGGACUGGGAGCCUCCAUACUCCCUCUCUGUGACAUUGUAUGGGCUAGUGAAAAAGCAUGGUUCCAGACUCCAUAUGCGACUAUACGUCUAACGCCAGCUGGAUGUUCAUCAUACACCUUUCCACAGAUAAUGGGAGUCGCUCUAGCAAACGAAAUGCUGUUUUGCGGGAGAAAAUUAACGGCACAAGAAGCGUGCAGUAGGGGACUGGUAUCUCAGGUCUUCUGGCCAACAACAUUUAGUCAAGAAGUUAUGUUGCGCGUGAAGGAAAUGGCGUCAUGCAGUGCAAUGGUACUCGAAGAAUCAAAAUGUCUGGUGCGUAGCUUCCUCAAAACUGCCCUGGAACAGGUGAAUGAAAGGGAAUGCCAGAUGUUGAAGCAGCUGUGGAGUUCCUCUAAAGGACUAGAUUCUUUGUUUAGCUACUUGCAGGAAAAAAUCUAUGAGGUCUGAAGCCACUGUAAGACUUGAAACUACUGUCCAUUAUUCCAGUGUCUGCGAAGGGAGUUGAUGGACUUAAUCACUGAUCUUAAGAAGUCUAAUGCUUCAGCAGUUGGGUUUAGCUGCUACUAGCAUGACAAACUGGCCAUCAGAUGUGUUUGAUAACAUGAUGAGCGCUGACGUGUUCAGUGAAAUCUGCCUGAGUGGGUAUAUAUUGGAUGCAACAUCUCUGCAUGCAUUUUCAACUAUUUUGACGCUCAUAUUCAAAUUAUGCCAUGUGAUUUUGUUUUAUCGCUGGUCUUAAAAUUCCCAAUAUUGUCCCAUCUCAAACUGACUAGACCUAUUUACCCAAUUUAUGUAGAAUGUUGUGCUUGUGAAUAACACUUAAAGGAAUGAUUCAUAGGUAAUCCUUUUGCUCCUGAACCACAACAAAGGUAAGGAAGAGUUAUGUCACGGUUGUAUGUUUGGACUCAUUUUGUUAUCAAUUUAGUUAGCAGGGAUAGGGCCCGGGGUGGGUGGCGAUUGGGAAAAUUGACAACUCUUUCACUAGGGCUUAAGUAGCUUCAAGAGAUAAAAGCCUUUCGUUGAUGCAGAUUUUCAUUACAAUUGUUACCUGAGUGCUGAACUAUCAGGAGGACAUGCAGGAAAACAAAAUGUUAAAAUUGUGAGCUUUCAUUUCGUAACUUUUUAAAUAAUUAUUUUCCAAAAAAUUUCAAACUCUAGAUACACAACAGAAGAUUUUAUGUAUUUAUUAUGUCUUACAACUAAAUGAACAAUAAUGUUUAAUGGAUCACAACACUUUUCUUGUGGAUUUUUGGGAUCCUGGGUGAGAAUCUUAUUGGGAACGUUUAUUUCUCCAUUUUAUUUUUGAGUGGAUCCCAACCACUUAAGUCGGCCAUGCAGGAGCUAAUUGGGAUUGCAGUCUUAUGCCAUUGCGUAUAGCUCCAUUUUGAACCAUAAAAUAUACAAGCAGGGUUUGUAUACCAAAUAUAUGUGUACAGAAGGAAUAUUCUGGUGUGAAACGCUCUUUUUCAAUGCGAAAUACCAUGAAAACCUACCUUCUGGUGUUGACUGCUGUCAUAUGACCGGUUCACGGUCCAAAGCCAGUUAGUCAUAUUCCAUGUUCUAAAAUAGUAGCGAGUUUUUUUUCAUUUCUUAUUUAUUUAAAGAAAAAUGCACUAAUCAGACACAGUGUAUGUGCUGUUGUUAAGUGACUCAGAGGAGUAUGUUACAAAGAAGAUAUGGGUUUUACGUCACUUAAUUGAAAAGGGUUCACUAAAUAGUUGUUGGUUUCAAUUUAGUUGUGCAAAAAUACAUGGGUGUUUCUUUGUUAGGAAAACCUAUGACUGGGUACUGGCACAAAUACAGUAUUUACUAACAAAAUGGGAAGCCAUGUUGAAGGGGGUUGAACACUCUGAAGCGUGUUCAUUAUAAACUGCUGUGUUUUUUUUCUAAAUAUUCACUGGUAUCUACACCUUGUAAGUAUGGGAAAGACUGUAUGCUGGUUCGUGGAGACAUACAUACACUUGAUUUUCAUCUUUGCUCAAGUUGCUUCUGUUACUAUGUAGAUGAGUUUGGCAUACCAUAUCACAAAAAUAUGGUAAAUCUGCAAGACAAUAUAUAUUUUUUCAAAUGAUAACUUUCUUUUAUACAUGAUUACUUAGUACCUGGCGGUAUGCUUCUUUAGAGAGUCUGUUGUCCCGAAAUAGAUGUUUUUGAGGGUUUCAUUGACUGCCUAUGUCACCUCAAUGCUUUGUGCCAAUAUAUAUCGUUUUUGAUGUUUAUGAAACACUGUUUGCCCCAUUCUCAUUUUUAAAAAAAAUCUGUGCUGUGUUUGAACCUUAACACACUAUUUUAAAAAAAAAGGCUGUUCAUUUUGUGAACAUUUUUUGCCAAGCUGUAUUUUCUGUUCAAGUUACAAAGCAUUUGAUGUGUGAAAAUCAUUGCGCAUCUACCACUGGGAAACCUGAAGUUUAGCCUUUGGAUAAUCCCUGUCACUUGUGAAGAAAAUGGGACACUUCGGACGACAGUGUCCUUCAUCAAGAGGACCAGUAAUGCAAUGGAAACCUGUCGGGGCUCAAUUGUGUGUUUGUCAGAAACUUGUGAAAUGUAUUUAUCCCACAGCAGAACACAAUGGGGUUUUAAAAGACUUUUUGUAAGUAAAUGGGGGCUGUGUUUAUUUAAAAAUUGUUAGCAAUCUGUUUUUGGUGUGGGCACCCUUUUUCUUACUGAAGAUAUAUUAUCUACAUGUUCUAUAAACUACCAGGUAAUUCUGAUCUGUGUGAUGACUAACUUGUGUAAGAUGGAAACCUACACAAACUGUCUACUGCUUUUGUAAUUAGUGUAUCAACACUUUUCUGGGUGCCUUAGAAGUUGUAUUUUUCAUGUGUGUUAAUAUAUUUAUAUAUUGUGGAAAAGCUGCUCCCAAUAAAAUGAUAUGAAAUUCA